GUGGAUAAGUAGCUGCAGCGGCCCGGCUCGGGAACUCUGUCUCCGGCUGUGAUCAUGGCCAGGACCGGUUUCUGCGACUCCAAGACCCUGCUGGACUUACACAAGAAGGCGGACGAGAGGCGAGCCCCAUUAAGAACUUGGUCCAAUGCCUGCGGGCCCAUAGAUCGCUGGCAGCCUGUAGAAGUGGAAGAGCCCAGGUUGGCCCCUGUCAAAACGGAGCCAGAGCGCAGAUGGGAAAGGAGGUUAUCGACACAAACGAGCGACUGCAUCAUCAUGGGCUUCCAUGAAGACAGCUUAACAGGCUCAGCAGGUAGUGUAAUAGCAGAUGGGUGUGCGGAGGAGACGGUGCUUCUGUACCAUCACGGGGUGCAGGGUCUUCAGAGCCUACAGGCGCUGGUGCCCAGCUUGCUGCGCCACGAGGUGGAGACGGCACUGGAGAAACUGGACCUCAUAUGGGACCGAGGGUACGCUUGGGACGUGUUCUUGGACAUGAUGAGAACUCAGACACAAAACCCUUUUCCCAACGCGGACAUUCCGCGGCAUUUCACCGAUUCCACUCGGUCUGUCUUGGUAGACUGGCUCAUUCAAGUACAUGAGAUGAUGCAUUUUCAGGAAGAGACCCUCUAUCUGGCCAUACACCUCCUCAACCGCUCCGUGCGUGAGAUCAAGGUCACCACGGUGAACCUGCAGCUCCUCGGCAUGGUCUGCCUCUUCCUCGCUGCAAAGAAGGAAGAGUGUCUCCUGCCCGAGGUGUCUGGACUCUGCUACUUGAUGGACCACACCUACACGAAGCAUCAGCUGCUGCGAAUGGAGCGCAGGGUCCUCUUGGGGCUCAAGUUCGAUUUGUCCUACUGCCCCCCUCUGCUCUUCCUCCUCCUCCUUGCCUCGGUUGCUCGCUGCAGUCCCAAGGCGGUGUGGAUGGCCCGGUAUCUGCUGGAGCUGUCUCUCCUGGAGAGCCAGUGUGUGGAGUUUCUGCCCGUGCAGCUGGCAGGAGCGGCCCUCUGCGUGUCCCGCCAAGUCCUGCAGGAGCCCCCGACACCAGGAGGGGAUGCGGCCUGGUGUCUGGCCUCCAGUAUCCAUGUCGGCAGUGAGUCCUCCAUGCUGAGGAUCAUGCACAUCCUGGCCCACGCCGCAGCCAAGGCCCACACCCGAGAGACCUGCGCUACUUUUAUCAAAUUCUCCUCCCCAGAGACCAUGCAUGUCAGCAGGCACCCGGGUCUAAAGAACGACGCAGGUCUGCUGGGUGUAUGCACUUGACAUUCCCGAUUCCCAGAAACGUAAAUAUAUGCCAACGCGUCAAAGUGGAGACGCUGGACCAGUAUCGCUUGAGGACUUGACGCCGGUGCAGCCCAGGCCUCUGACCGAGCCUGGAUAUACUUUGCUGUGGAUCCUGAAGAGUUACCGUGGACUUGGGGUGAGGAAGAAGUGUGAAAGAUGUUGAUGCCAAACAUCCGUUUGACAAAAAGGACUGUAUGCACUUUGCAUGUAUGUG